UAUUACACAGGAGGUAUCCGAUUCCAGCCUCCACCAGAAGCUUCUCCAGGUCUCUUAAAAAAGCAAUGAGAACCUCCUAUAAGCUAUAAUCACAAUUGUUGAUGGCAUCUGAAUUCACGUACUCCAAUCCCCCUUCCUACUUCCCCACCCCUUUCCACCUUCAACAACCCACGCUUCCCGUUUAUCCUUCUGUUUAUCUCCCUCAGCAGGCACAACAACUAUUUGAAAAGGAUGCCCAGACCAUUACACCCGAAGCUCUGAAAAGUGUAAAAGCUGCACUCGCAAGUAGUGAAAUAGAGCACAAAUCCGAAACAAAAAAGAAAGCCAUACCUCGCAAAGCGGCUGGUCAAACUUGGGAGGAUCCUACUUUGGCCCGAAAGUAUGGCCCUCAUCUCAUACUUCUUGAUACCGAGCAUGAUGAUUACCGUUUAUUUUGUGGUGAUCUUGGGAACGAGGUGAACGAUGAUGUUCUUUCAAAAGCAUUUUCACGGUUUCCUUCCUUUAACAUGGCCAGAAUGUUUGUUUGAAGUCAUGGAGCACUGCCAUAUCUCCUUUAUAAGGUUGUGAGAGAUAUAAUCGGACGGGGAAGACCAAGGGAUAUGGAUUCGUUAGUUUUGCUAACCCAACCGAUCUGGCUUCUGCUCUCAAAGAAAUGAAUGGUCCCCUCUUGUCAAACUUAGCAUGUGGUUAGUUUGUCUCACCGGUUUCGUUUUGUAGGAAAAUAUGUUGGAAACCGUCCGUAAGAGCAACUGGAAACAAAGAACAGAUUUCGAGGCUUUGCAAAAGCAGAAGCAACACGAUCAGAAGAAGGUGAGGCUGCCAAAGAAGAGUGUCCUUCAUAAGUGAGCAACAUUGUAUCAUGUUCAAUAAGUUUUACAAUUGUAUAAUCUUCACAACUGACUCGCAGGUUAAAAUACUUGUCCGAUCCCCUGUGUAUUUUCGUGUUUACUUUUGGGUUGCAGCCGUCGUCACCGGUUUCUUCCUGCACACAUUUGUUUUUUUUUUUUUUUUUUUUUUUUUUUUUUAACUAAAGAAGGUUAAUGAUGUUACUAAGCUAUUUGCUUACUUUCAAAUGAGGUAACAAUGAAAUUAGUGUAUUGUGGUUAUUAAAAA